AUGGCAGCGCUUUUGCCAUUCAAGGUGCCUCAAAUCAGCGAGGCUGAUAUGUUUGCUUUCCAUGAAGCCCACUUCUCCAACCUGUCCACAGGCCACUUUGAGUCUCAUUUCCUUCGUCCAAAUGACUCGGUUGUCGCUUCUGCCAGCGCCACAGCCGAUGAAUUGGAAGGGGGCCAUGCCGAAGAGGAGCAUUACCCUGAAGAAUACGAAGAAGAUUACUACGAUGAGGAUGAUGACGGCCUGGGUUAUUACCCCGACGGCGUCAAGCGAACUCUGACAGAUGAGCAAAUUGCCAUCUUCCGGCACUCAGAACUCGAAGCCAUGCGUCGUGUGAGGGAGUCUGCCAAGAUCAAGAAGGUCAUGGAUCCCGCGGCGGACGGCGUCGUUGUUAUUGAGGGUGCCAUAGGGGAGCAGCUCUCUGAGGGCGAGGUCGAUUCUUCCCCAAAGGAAGCGGGGGUGGGAUCUUCACAGCACCAGCAGCAGCAGAAGAAGAAGAAGAAGAAGGAUAGUAACAACAAGAAUAAGAACAAGCGUCGCGGAGGCAAGAAAAAUAACCACAACAGACCUGAUGGAGGUGAGCAGAUCGAUUUGCGCAAGCGCACGUGGGACGUUGUCGACAAGGGACUUGCUUCUUUGGACUACGGAGAGGAAGAACAUGGCCAGCAUUCCGACGAAAGAUCGAUGCCGAGACGUCGGAUUUCGUAUGAUGAUUGA